GUGGGCAUCGACCUGGGCACGACCUACAGCGUCGUCGCCGUCUCCGAGGGCCGCAAGGGCGUGCGCGUCUUCGACGACCCGGACCGAGGCAAGCUCACGGCGUCGACGGUCGCGUUCCUCAAGGGCGGCGCCGUCGCCGUCGGCGCGGCCGCGAAAGCGCACGCGGCCAAGGAUCCGCGGCACGUCCUCUUCGACGCGAAGCGCUUCAUCGGCCGCGACUUCGACGACGAGAGCGUGGCGCUGCAGGCGAAGAAGUACACCUUUGAGGUGGUGAAGGACGCGAACUCGACCGGCUGCGCGUUCGCGCUCGACGUGCCGGGCCACCCGGCCGCGGCGACGCCCGUCGACGUCGGCGCCGAGGUCGUCAAGGCCCUCAUGCGCACGGUCCACGACGACCUGGGCCACGAGAACGUGAAGCGCGCGGUCAUCGCCGUGCCCGCGAGCUUCGGACCGGCGCAGAUCGCGGCGACGGGCGACGCGUUUAAGGCCGCGGGCCUCAAAGUCGCGCGCGUCAUGCCCGAGCCCGUCGCCGCCGCCGUCGCCUACGGCCUCCACAAAAAGAAGGACGUGAACCACGUGCUGGUCUACGACUUUGGCGGCGGCACGCUCGACGUGUCGAUCCUCUACGUGCAGGACGGGUCCAUCGAGGUCGUCGCGAACGGCGGCGACAACGACCUCGGCGGCACGGACUUCGACCAGUGCGUCGCCGAGGAUCUCGCGGCGGACGUGGCGGCGCGGACGGGCGCGGGCGACAGCGUCGCCCGGGCUGCGGGCUGCGAGGCGCGCGAGCCGCUCUGCGCGCGGCACGUCCUCGCGUCCAUGGGCGAGCGGCUCAAGAUCGCCGUGUCCGACGCGGCGUCCGCCGACGCGGCGUGCCUCGCGCCGCGCGAAAGCUGCGACGACCUCGUGCGCGUCGAGUUCGCCUACACGCGGAAGCGCUUCGAGAAGGCGUGCGACCACCUCUUCGUGCGCGCGAUCGACACCGUCGCGCGCACGCUCGACGAGGGCAUGCUCACGCACCGCGACAUCGACGAGGUCGUCAUGGUCGGCGGCACGAGCCGCGUGCCCAGGGUCCGCGACACGCUCCGGGACCACCUCCGCGUCGACAAGCUCAACACGGAGAUCGACCCGGACGUCACCGUCGCCGUCGGCGCCGCG